AUGGUUUCUCUGUGUCAAGCUUGCUCUUCGACUUCGACUACUCCACUGCUUGUGGCGAAAAGGGUGUUUUCCUUAGCUUCAUCGCCGUUUGGACACAAAAACCCUCCUCGCCAUUAUUACAGCUUCAGAGGAUUCAACUCUGUUUCUGCGUCUACUUCAGUUUGUCUCGAUUCAAAGGAAGUGAGAAGCAAUGGUUUGGUGGAAUUGGAGUAUGCAGAACUAAACCUCAAGUAUAAGAUAUCUGAGGAAGUGGGUCAUGCGAGAAUCAGACAGCAUGUUAAUCCUCUCAGUUCAUCUUUCUCUACUCCAGCUCCAGUUCCUGCUUGGGAUGGAGUUUAUAAGGAUCCAUCGUUGCCUCUUAUGGUGGAUAUUGGAAGUGGUAGUGGCAGAUUUCUCCUAUGGCUAGCCAAAAAGAAUACUGAUUCUAGAAACUACUUGGGGUUAGAGAUACGCCAGAAACUGGUCAAGCGCGCCAACUUAUGGGUGAACGAGCUCGGACUUUCAAACGUACACUUCAUAUUUGCAAAUGCCAUGGUAUCUUUUGAACCACUUAUAUCGAGCUAUCCUGGACCAUUGGACUUUGUCUCAAUCUUGUGUCCAGAUCCGCAUUUCAAGAAACGACAUCAAAAGAGACGUGUUCUCCAAAAGCCUUUGGUGACUUCCAUUAUUCAAAACCUAAAACCCGGCGGAAAGAUCUUUAUACAAUCAGAUGUGCUCGAAGUGGCUCAAGACAUGAGAGAUCAGUUAGACAAGGAAUCAAAUGUUCUUCAACAUGUGGACACAGUUGACACAGAGGAAGGUUGGUUAAUGGAAAACCCGAUGGGUAUAAGAACCGAACGAGAGAUACACGCAGAAUUCGAAGGUGCAAGAAUCUACAGAAGACUAUACCACAAGAUUCAGGUUACAUGA